UGCAAUACACACAUAGAUAAUACGCACUUUGUCAACAUUCGGCUUGAGCUCGGGGUAUCGUCAGCUCUCAGAAGUCAGAUGCUUUUGAAUGAAAAUGCUCUUAGGGACUGCGAAUGUUUUGAAUUGAUUGAAAAUAAGGCCUAUUCAUUGGGGCUGCCUUCGGAAGGAUGUCCAAGAUGAACAAGCAAUCGGUGGAGGGUCACUGUUUCCUGUCUGGCGUAUGCCCAGACGAGCAUUGUCAGACCAAACUCUACUUUCCCUCCUACGACACCAGUGUCGAGUGCACCAACUGCGGCCAGAGGCAUCCCCGCCAGGCACUGCGCUCCGUCGCGGAAGUCACAGAUCCCGAUGUUGCUCUCCACAACAUGGUCCGUACCAUCCUCAUGGGAAACUUCGCGCCGAAGAAGACGACAGACUCAGUCAAGGUCCUCGGGUUGUCAAACUACCACUGCAAGCUCCUCAGCCCUCUGUUGACUAACUUUGGCAUGGACAAGCAAGGCAAGGCGCAACCGCUGCAAACCCUGACGCAAAGCAAUGUCUUUGAAUGCUCGAACCUAGGUGGACGUGCCUUUCUGAUCCAACCGGAGCAUAUCGACAUCAUGGGGUACGGGCGCGACCAGACCGGAAGUGCUCACUACCUACGUAACACUCUGGAGCAGAUCAAGCAGGUCAAUGGGAAUGAGGAAGUCCUAAUACCAAUACACGCAGACGGGGACGGACACUGCCUCGUUCAUGGCAUCUCGAGGGCGCUCGUCGGUCGAGAACUCUUCUGGCACGCCCUGCGGACAAGCCUCAAGAUCCACUUUGAGCGGGACUUGGACCGCUAUAAGAACCUGUUCCGGGACUUUGUGGAUAGCGACGAAUGGCCUCAGAUCAUCGCGGAGAGCGAUCCGGACUACCUUCCCGGACCCAAUGAAGCCAUGGGGCUGCAGAACAUUCAUAUCUUUGGAUUAGCUAACAUCCUACGGAGACCUAUCGUUCUUCUGGAUUCACUGAGUGGACUGGAAAGCUUUGGGGAUUAUUCAGGGGUGUUUCUGCCUGUGCUUCACACGCCUGAUGAUUGUCGGGGGAAGGAUGGCAAACUGAACAAGCCUCUCUGUGUAGCUUGGAGUAGCUCAGGCAGAAAUCACUUCAUAGCUCUUGUAGGAGUCAAAGGUCGUCCGUUGCCAAGGUUACCAAGAUGGAUGCUGUCCAAGGCCUGGGGAACGUCCCAGGAAGCAGUCAAUAGUUACAUUGAGUUUGAUGGUGACGGCAUGUGUACCGUAGGAGGGGACAGAGCACUUACAGAGAAUUAUGUUCAGCGUCUCGCUACGGCCAUGGAAGAUCUGUUCCACAACAAGCAUGGCGUUCAUCCUUCCUUGGUGUCCGAUGUCUACAACUUUAUAUACAAGAGAACAGGUAUUGUUGGUGUCCAUCAGAAAGUGAUCAUUGAGCACACCAGGGCGUCGGUCCAGGACCACCAGCUAUACCGGUGUCUGAUCUGUUCCGCCGUGUCCCAGGUUCCCUACCCCCAGGGGUACAGCGGUGCACCCCCUGGUCUCAAGGCAGGUGGGGAGCUCUACCUGGUAGCCAAUCAGGUGCAUGGGGCGCUCCAGGAAGGGCGUGCCUACGACUUCCCUGCCCAAGAUAUCCAGUGUACAUAUGAUGCUGCUUCCGAUGAGCUCAUACCAGAUCAUACCUUCAAACAAGAUGUGACAUGCCCAUGGUGUCAAGGUAAACAGCUUCGUCGAGUGAAGACUGACGGGAGCAUCGUGUACAUGAAUGGAGAUCGCACCAGUGCAGCGUCUAGUUCCACUAUGUGUAACUGCGGCCAUAAACACUUCUGGGACGGUGUGGAAUAUGACAAUUCACCCAAAAUUUUCAAGGUUCCCCUCAUCUGGAAGGGGAAGACGAUCGAAGAAGACGUUGUUUGGUUUCAGAACGAGCUUGACCCAACCCUCAACAGCAAUGCCUUCAAGAUGGCGGAAUCUCUCGUCAACCGGCAUUAUCCCGGAGAAUUUGGCAACGAGCAACUCGUUCAGAAGGUGGUUGAAACUAUACUACAGAAUACGGCCAGCAAGGAAGCAGCAUCCUUUCAGCCACCAUCGUUGACAGACAUGCCUUGUUCAAGCACAUCAGCAUCAGCAUCAACAUCACACCAUGAAGGUGCCACCCCUAUGGACAAGCCAGAAGGCAUGGAGAGUCUGCAGAGUGAGGGGAGAGAGUCUCCCCGGAAGCAACCCAGGGCAAAGUCUAAGGAGGGUUCCCCCGCGAGGAAUCCAACACUGGAUAUGCAGCCACCCUCUAAGAUCAUACUCACUGGCGGGUCUAAAUUCCUACACAAGGAGGAGCUCACAAUGAGUGAAACAGAGAAAGCACUCGGAAGGAGGAUAUCUGAGAACGCUCCUCAAAAUCAGCAACAGAAAUCCAAGGAGGAAAGAGCGCAGAAGUUGCAAACGGACAGGUCUACACAAUCGUCAUCAUCAUCAUCAUCAUCUUCAGGAGUUGGUCAGAUGAAGUUUGUUGCUAUGGAGACAGUGUCAUCAUCGUCAUCAUCAUCAAUGACAAUCGAGCCGCCUAGUAAUAUACGGAUCAAGCUGAGUUCACCUGAUGGAAAGCAUACCACCUUGGUUUUGGAUGCAUCCACUACCUAUUCUCAGCUCCAGACCCUGAUAGAAUGCAAGCUUCACAUUCCUCCGGCCAAGCAGCGAAUCAAGUAUGGCUUCCCACCCAAAGAGCUGAGAGCGCCCCCUGCUGAUGAGGACGGCACAGCCCUGCCGCUUAGGAAUGGAGACAAGGUCACCGUAGAGGUCGUGCAGGAUAGAAAUAGAGCUGAUCCCCAUUAUAUGACGGCAGGGAUAGCAUCUAACAGGCAGAAGAGGAUCAGCGAACCAGGCAUGAACCAGGGCGCACUUCUUAAGGAAUUCAAGAAAGACAUUGAUAAUAUUAAAGACAGUCAAGAGAGCAAUCUAGAGGUCCAGCUCACAUCCCACACCUUGAUGGCUGCACUGAGUGGAUUAGACCUGUGGAACUACUCCAAGGGGAAGCCUGAACUAUUCUCGAGAGGGGGAUUAUUCUACAACAUUGUGGAGAGGGACUUGGGUCUUGAAGAUAGCAAACAUUGUAUGCUGCCCUCUAUACCCAAGAAGCGGUUCCGUUUCUCCAAGCCCAACGAUCGUCUAGAGCUGUGCCUGGAACCCCUCGGUCACUUUCCUGUAUCCCCAGAUGUGGAUGACCUUGAAAAAUUGAAGGACGUUGCCCUGGGUCAGAGGUCACUGGAAAUGAGUGAAGGUGACCUUGAGGUGGAUCAUCAGGCUUCAUCCAGCGGGUAUGUUGCAUUCGCUGGGAGGGGGCACUCUCUCGGUGUGGACGAAGGGGCUAGGGCUGUACAUAAGGAAGAGGUUCAUGGCAAGUUGCCACAAUCAAAGAAAUACCAGAAAUUUGGUGGCGACUGCGAUGGAGGAGGAGAGAGUUCUGAUAGUGGUUUGGAAGCAGCGAAGGGUGCAAUACAGGGUUUUGGAACAGCUAAGGACCAAGUGCAAUAUGACGAGAGCCACAUUCCAGGUGAAUCAAAACACCCCUAUCCUGACAUGGAAGAGGAGAUGGGGAACCAGGGGCAGUGUGUGGAAAUGGAACAUUCCAAAGUCGGAGCUCACAUUGAGAGGGGUGUAGGUGACGGCAUGGAUGGAGGGACUGUUGAUGAAGUUGUUUCUGUGGAUGUGGACUGCGCUACUAAUGAGGAUAGGGGAGGAAGCAUACAGAGGGAUAUUCAAAUGGAUAUUGAGGAACAGACAGUGGAAAUAAGUAAGCCCCUCACAGAUAAGAGUCCACCCCUGCCAAUGGAAGUGGACUCUGCAGAUGAAGGCAUGGUGGUACCGGAAUCUAAUAUCAGCUUCAGCCAACCACAGGCGGCUUCUAAUGUAGGCAUAGUUGCUGAACUACGCAGGUUUAAUACAGAGCCUGUGAUUGGUGCAAUGAACCAAGAGGUAGCACCAAACAGAGUAGCCUCUGAUCCCAGUUUGCUGCUCCAACCAAACAGUCCUGGUAUCACAGCCGAGCUGCCUCCUAGCAGCUCCUCACAGGGAGCAGCAAAUGAAACAAACCCUAUGGCAGGGCAAGCUCAGUCUGAAGUCAACAGCAAUCCAUCCAACUCUGUGAUUGGCUCUGAGGGGAAAGAAACCACAGAAGUGACCAAUGAGGAGACUGCUUAUGUUUCUAGGAGACUAGGCCCUGGUUACACUGUGCUUGUAAAGAGAGAGGAAGAAGAGAGGUCAUAACAAAGAAGAGACAUGGAAAACAUAUCAUGUUCUCUAUGUCCCAUAAGAAAACCUUAUAUUGAGAGAAAACCUUAUAUAAGAGAACCUUAUAUAAGAAAACCUUAUAUAAGAAAACCUUAUAUUGAGAGAUUAACAAACGAAUGUAUUUGCAAUACUGUAUAUUAGACAAGGUUGUGAUACCGGGUAGACCAUUUUUCGUAGUGUGAUCAAAUUUAUUGCACAAUUAUUGGUUAAGUGCCUUGUUACAAAUUAUUUCAUUUACCCGUUACGACUAAUUGUAUUUCAAUGAUACAAAUAAUAGUAUUUCAAUACGGAGUGCAUACAUUAGUUUAUGUUAGGGAGGACAAACACGCCUUGUCCUACCUAAAAACACAUUAUAUAUGCAGUUUGCAUUCUGACUAUUGAAAUAAAUUAUUCUGAACAGGUGAAUUAAAUACUUGGUAUCGAGGCAUUUCACACAGACAUAUGCAUUAAAGGUACUAUGUCUCAUUUGCAGGCCCAAAAAAUGAAAAGAUUAAAUUCCAACGGCAUUUGAAAGAUGAUACUAAUUUAGAACUUUCCUAAA